CAGUCUUGUUUGGGCCAAUAUCAUUCGCUUCUUGUUUUCUCACUUUUCGCUCAAGCAAAGACCCCUCUUUCCGUCUUUCGUCCUCAUCUGGCUCAUAGAGAAGAACCGCCCAGCAUAUCAUCAAUUUCAGCGAAGGAAGUCGCAGUGAUACAGAUAGUGCUUGACUUCGUUCCUUCUGUGCCGAAAAUCUCGAUAUGACAAGAUAUGCCGAAUGAGUCACUUGAAGACUUGACGAUGUCAUCUUUACCAGCUAUAAAAAGCUAGUUGCUCCUUCCUCUUUCAACUCAGCCGAUCACCUAUCCUCGCAAUGUAAAAUGCUGUUUCUUCAACCUUGAGUUAUAUUCUAGAUCUCAUCAUCACAGCAACAGAAUCCCAAACAAUCAAACAAUCAGAAAGCCAUCACCAUGGAUCUUUUCGAAGAGCUCGAACGCAUGGCACAGAAUGCGACCGCUUUCACUGAUGCCGAGCCCGACGGAGAAGAUGUCGAGCGAUGGGUCCACUUGUUCAAGUAUGACUAUCUCGAAGCAUAUGCGCUCUUCAAAGCACAGCGAUCAGACGUCACUCGAGAGCCGAUAUCAGAUGAACACUGGGCGUUGGUCAAAGACGAUCGCGAAGCCGCAGGCUUCGACCGGGAGGCUUAUGAGCAUUCCCUUACCUUGAAAGACGUCCUCAAAAGUCACAGCACCGUCAUUCAUGACAAGGAUGGGCGUCGCUGGACACUGUUCAGACUUGGAGGAUUGCUGGAGAGUAGGGAAAAAGUAAAGGAAAUUGCGGAGUUGGACGAGCUGCCGAAAGUCACACAGGGAGAGGGGCAGUUUGACACACUAGAUUUUGUCUGGGUCGAUGACGAAGCUCGGGGCAAAAUUGAGACAUGGAUGCAACUGCAGCAAGUCGUCGAGAAGGGAAAAGUUGAGAAGGAUUCAUGAAAAGGCUGGGUGUCACACGGUAUGCGGGGUGAAGCGAGGCUGAAUUCCAUGGCUGACAGGUAUCGCACUGGAUUCGGAGAGGUUAGACGAAAGCUGCGAGCAACGUCCAGAACAGCUUGUUCUUGGCGUGCGAGAUAAUGCGAUUGUCAAAAAUGCUAUCCUCUUGCCAUUGCGUGUAUUGUGAGUUGCAAGCGCAAGCUACUUGGAACAGGCUAGUUCGCGAUAUUAUUCUCACCUUACAGGGUGCUACAGUACUCUCGAGCGUGAUCUCCGUAAAGGUGGCU